UGUGUGUGUGUCUGCAGAGUGCAGCGUAUACAGACUACGCCUAGAUCCUUUUUCAGAAUGAACUCUAAAAAAUGUGAACCUAAUGGAAUCUUCAUUUGAGUAUUUCUUGCUUUUAAUUCUUCCUGUGGAUAUAUUUUUGUUAUUGAAAAUGUGAAGGAACUUGUGAACUACACCUGAGACCAGAGAAUGGAUACUGGAGAGUUUAAAUGUUUUUUCUCACACAUGUUUGGAUGUAUUCUGUUGAGUUUUUGAGAAGUUCAGAAAAAUGAUUCACAGCGCAUCUUUCUUUGGUCUGUUUUUCAUGCUGUUGAAUGGUGUGUUUGGUGACACAGAUGAAGUGAAGUCAGUGUCAGUGCUAGAGGGAGAUUCUGUCACUCUAAACACUGAUGUUACUGAAAUACAGAGAGAUGAUCAUAUACUGUGGAUGUUUGGACCUCAAGAAGUGCGUAUAGCUGAAAUUCACAGACAGAACAUCUAUAUAGAUGCCACUGGUACGAUAUUUGAGAAAAUACUCCAGAUAGACAGUCAAACUGGAUCUCUGACCAUCAGAAACAUCAGAUCUGAACACACUGGACUUUAUAAACUACAGAUCAUCAGAAGAGGAACUUUAUACAAGAGAUUUAUUGUUACUGUCUAUGCUCGUCUCCCUGUUCCUGCCAUUACCCAAGACUCUUCACAAUGUUCUUCAUCAUCAUCAAAUUGUUCAUUAGUGUGUUCAGCUGUGAAUGUGAGUCAUGUGACUCUCUCCUGGUACAAAGGAAACAGUUUAUUGUCCAGCAUCAGUGUGUCUGAUCUCAGCAUCAGUCUCUCUCUACCUCUGGAGGUGGAAUAUCAGGAUAAAAACACCUACAGCUGCGUGAUCAACAAUCCCAUCAGAAACCAGACCAAACAUCUGAACAUCACUCAACUCUGUCAGACUCACACAUGUGCAGACCACCGUUCAAGUUUCAUGAUGGCAGUAGCUUUUAUAGUGCCGCUGGUGGUCAUAGCUGUAGUUGCAGGUUUGAUAUACAGAAGAAACUGUAAACAACCAAAUAAAGGUAACACUCGUAAUGAAGAGAUGCAUUAUGCUGAACCAGCAUUCUGUACACGUCCACUUCAGAGUAUGGCUGUCUUUACAGAAGAUCGCACAGUAUACUCAACUGUUGUCAUAUAAAUUUAAGAUCCAGCAGAAUGUUUUUUUAUUAUUCUACUGCAGGUUGAUGGCAUGAAUUUUGGCAGUUCACCUAAUCUAAUAACUUUGACAUCAUUAAUGUUUUACUCUAUUUCAUUACAUUUCAUGUAGGAACAGCUAAAGUUAAAGUUUGAUGUCAGAUUAGCAAGGUAAUGUUUUGUCAGUGUGUCUUUAUUGUUUAUUGUCACUCCAUCUUUUUUUAUAGUAUCAGGCCAGUAUUUCCAUAAAAAAUAUAUCAGUAUUAAAUCGGACGGUUUCUGAAGGUGGCGCUCAGCUUGAUAAUAUUGUAAUAGUGUAGCGUUUGUUGUUGCUCGAUUCUUGUCGUUUUUUUUUUUUUUUGUAUACUUUGUGACAUGUAUGUAUAAGCUUAUUUUAUUAUAAUUUAGUUUUUAUAUAUUUUAUUAUUAUUUUGUUUUAAUAUUUUUUUAUUUGGUAAUUUAGUUCUGUGUUAGUUUGGUAUUUUGUUUCUUUUGGUCUUUGUGCUUUCACUGGUGUUUAAAAAGUUUUGAAAGUUUAGAAAAGUAGAAAAGUACAUCAGAAAAGUGACUAUUAUAAAAUUAACCGUAUUUCUUGUGAAGGAUAAAUUGUAAACAUGACUUUUAUAUGCCCUCCUUUACUCUGCGAUCAGUCAAUAAGCGGCACCUGGUGGAACCUUCAACUUCUCUGUUCCUCAGUUUUGGAGUUUCCAGCCUCCAUCAAUAAUUAGACAAUUACAAUGUUUAAAAAAUAUCUGAAGGUUCAGCUCUUUCACGAACACAAACCACACAUGUAUGCAUUUCCUAAAGAUAUCUUCUGUCUGUCUUUCCAGUUUUAGGUCUGCUAAAGCCUACUUGUGAAACCUGCCAUGGCAGAACUGUGAACAUUGUUAUUCUUGUAUGAUAAAUUGCUUGUCAUGUUUUACAUUUGUAAGGCACUCUGGAUAAAUGCAUGAACUCUCACUGGACAGAUCUAUAACAAUGAUGAAUGCACAUAAUGACAACAAUGUGACCUUAAAUGCCAUUAACGACAAAAUAACUCUUUUUGUUUGUAAUUAAACAACCAGGUAUUUUGUCUCAACACUGUAGCCAUUCAGAAUGUGGCAGUUUCGCUAAUUCCAGAAGGUGUUGUAAUGUGCCCUGAGCUCCAGUGAGAUUCAUAAAUGAGAAAUUCACUGUACAUGUGAAUAAAGUCCUCUUCUCUACCCUGGUGAGAGCUGAAGUGAUGUAAAUGAAGUUAAAUUCUGCCCCCUGCAGAUAAAGACAGCAUAUGUCCUGUGACAUGAGAAUGAGUUUUUAUAUAAUUUCUCAAAUUCACUGCACAAUAAGUCAUGUUUGAGAGGGAAAAAAAAAUGUCAAAAAUGUCAGACUUUUUUUUUUGACUUCCAGACAGCCAGAAGAGGAAGACAGAAGAGCUCAACUGAAAGAAUUUGACUGCUGUCUUUUGCAUAUCCAAAUGCAUCUUGUGACAGACAAAGACAUUUGCAUGUACAUUGUACAGUAGGAGUAGUGAAAAACAAGAUAAAAUGCACUGAAAAACUGAUCUAACAUGUAGAACCACAAAAUGUGAAUUUAUAUGCAUGUGCUCAUUUGCAAUGUUAUGUUGUGUUGAAGGCUAAUUUAUUUUCUUUAAAAUGCAUUAAUUAAAAUUAUGUACCUAAAUAAAUUUUAUAUUGCAUUUUACUCGUCUUGUUUAUGCCCUGUAUAAAUAUUAUAAUAGUGUGUGUUAAAUGCAUUGUUCUCACAUCUUACAUUAAAAUCACUUCUUGCUCCAUUCUGCUGC